AUGACACCAAAGGAAUUCAUCACGGGUCUGCUCAAGAAAGACCACAUAGAACUCAACUACCGCCGACGCACCUGGGGAACAACUUACGGUGCCAGUUCAACUAUUGAGCUAGUUUCUGAAAUUGCAAAAAUAUUCCACAAGAAAGAUGCAGCUCGGCAUUUUUGGGCCAACUUUAUUCAGGCUGAGGUCAAACUCGUUCACUAUCAGGAUGUUGUCUUGUUGUGUCGUCAAGAAAUGGAAAGUCAUAGCUCUGGCUCAUUCAUGAGCUCCCGAUUGGUCAGACGUGAUUUUUUUGGGCUGGCUGCCAAGGAGGCUCGUAAUCAUAAACUUACAACUGUUGAACAACCAAUGCUUUACAACGUAAUCCACGGAAUCUUAUCUCAUUUGGACAAAGAAGAGGGCAAUUCUGUUCAUGUGGACGAUCCACAUGAUGACUCCACUUGUCUUCAAGAGAAUACAUUGACACACGAUACCAACAACUCAAGAGGUCAUAUGGGCAACACCCCAACUGAUAUUGGUGAGACCGUAGUCGAGGAGCUUGUCGCAGAGGCAGAACCCGAGGUCCAUCUGAAAUCCACCUCAGGCUCGUUAGAGGAAGUGAUGUCAGAGUACGGUGGGUUUAGUUACUCAUCCAAAGAGGAUGGGCCAGAUGGAAGACAAAAGAAAAUCAAACAUAUUGCAACGGUGAUCUGUUCAAUGCUCAGCUUUGCAUGUAAUCAUCGUCACAAUGGAUUACAGCUCGAGAAUUCGAUCCGAUUCUAUGCUUGUGGGGUUUCGGAGACGGUCAAUGAAUACCUUCACUACUGGGGUUUAACAUCUCAUAGAAAAACGGCCAUUCAUGCCCUACAAUCCUUGGCCUCAGAAGCAGCGGACACUAUAGCUUCUUCGAUGGCCCUGUAA